AGUUCCAUUUCGCAAUCAGAUUCAUCAGAUAGAUCAUCCGAAGCUGCUUUUCCUCCCUCCGAUCUCUUCCAUUUGAACGCUUCGUCUUGUUCCAUGGCUUCGAAGCGGAUCUUGAAGGAGCUCAAGGAUCUUCAGAAAGAUCCUCCCACCUCUUGCAGCGCCGGCCCUGUCGGUGAAGACAUGUUUCACUGGCAAGCAACAAUAAUGGGUCCCCCAGAUAGUCCUUAUGCAGGGGGAGUUUUUCUAGUCACUAUUCAUUUUCCUCCCGAUUAUCCAUUUAAACCUCCAAAGGUUGCAUUCAGGACAAAGGUUUUUCAUCCAAAUAUAAACAGCAAUGGCAGUAUUUGCCUUGACAUCUUAAAGGAGCAGUGGAGCCCAGCCCUGACUAUUUCCAAGGUGUUGCUCUCGAUCUGUUCGCUUUUGACAGACCCGAACCCGGAUGACCCCCUGGUGCCUGAGAUUGCUCACAUGUACAAAACAGACAGAUCCAAGUAUGAAACAACUGCAAGGAGCUGGACCCAGAAGUAUGCCAUGGGCUAGUGGUGGUGUUCAUGGUGAGGAUUUCUAAGAAUUGGGUGUUUAGUCAUGUAAAAAUGAAGUGUGAUUCGUCCUCUAUACUACCUUUGAUGGACCAAUAUAAAACAGAACUAAACAUUGCUCUCUUGAAAGACAAAGGUGAUUCUACCUUUGUGUUUGAGACCUUGGAAAAAUGUUAAAUCUAUUCAUGUUUUAAAUGUAAAAUUGUUUGCUUUGUGGAAA